GAUAUAGGACAAGUCUUGCUAAAAAUAAAUUAGCCUGGGGCUAACGUAUGUAUAUCCCACAUGAUGUAGCCUAUGUUGUCAGACCUAUUUGCACGCACAACCAUCAAAGGCAACGAUGCAGGGAGCAGAGAGAAGAUACGAGGUCGAAUUCUUAAAGGUUUAGAAUUUUAUGAACCUCGGAGGUAACCGUGUCCCCAGGCUAUUGCGCACAGCCAUAUCCGAGACUAGCCCACAGCUGGAUUUAAAUUUACGUGUUGUCUUUUUCACACUUUGACCUUUUUCACUCCGAUUUACAAUGGGUCAAAAUCAGCAAGCUCAGUCAACCAGCGAAGAAGAGUUGGAAGUAUCGACAAUUCAAGACCUCUACAGGAGGCUCAUCAAUGAGUGCCCCAGCGGUUCGUUGCACUUGCACGAGUUCAAAAGGAUGUUUGGGGUUCAAAACAAUAAUUCGCCGGAAUCGCAAUACAUGGAGGGCAUAUUCAGUGCGUUUGAUAUGAAUGGGGACAACACCAUGGAUUUCAUAGAGUAUGUUGCUGCGCUAAACCUUGUGCUUCGAGGACGGCUCGAGGAUAAACUAAAGUGGUCUUUCAAGGUGUUUGACAACGAUGACAAUGGGCGACUGGACAGGCACGAGCUGAGAAUAAUUAUAAGGAUCAUCUACAAGAUAAAGAAAGGUUCUGUCAGUGACGAGGCAGGCCAAAUCCAUCUUACACCUGAAGAGGUUUGUGACCGUAUCUUCCAGAAGAUUGACGAGAAUGGUGACGGUCAGAUAACUCUGGAGGAGUUUGUGGAGGGGGCAAAGAGAGACCCCUGGGUGCAAAAACUCAUACGCCUGGAUAUCAACCCCAGUUACUGGGUCCACCAGCACUUGAGUGACAGAAAACUCCAGAGUCCAAAACGAUGAACUAAAACGUCAGACAGGGAGGAAGAGGACAUUGGUUCUCUCUAUUAAAGAGGAUCUGAACCAAAACAACAACUUCUCUGGUUGAAAACGGCCUGUAUUCAUUAUCAUCGACUCUACUCCCAUAAUAGGAUGAUCAUAAAGUCAGUAUCUCUCAAAAUGGGGAUUUGCUAGAUUUAGGAAAUUAAUGACGUUGCCAAAUCCUUGGAUAUUUGAGGAAUGUGUAUGGAUUUCAAUUAUUCCCAGUAUACUCACUCUUCGAGGAGUCAGAAGAAAGCGGAUGUUUCCAGUUUAUGGAUACAGUAUUUUCAACUUCCAUUUCUCCUGAAAAACGGAUGUGGGGACUUCGCUCAGGCAUCUUUUUGCAUCUGCUACAUUAGGUUAGAGCAUCCGGCAUGAUAUCCAAUUGUAGCAGCAGAAUCAACCUACAGCCCAUUUCUUUACAGACAGCAGAAAUUCCCAAUUGAGUCAUUAGCAUACAUCGCCUCAGGACUUAUUUGAUUUUGCCCUUCUCCUACAAUGACCUUCUCCUACAAUGGGUUUUGAGAAGGAGGCGAGGAGAGAGAACACGAAGAGUAUGCAUUUGAGUUUCUCCCAUUCAAUUUGUCGGGACAUGCUCUGCAAGGUGUCGAAAGCGUUCCCCAGCAGUGCUGGCCCAUGUUGACUCCAAUGCUCCCCAAGUUGGCUGGAUGUCCUUUUAGGUGGUGGACCAUUCUUGACACACAAGGGGAACUGUUGAGCGUGAAAAACCCUGCAGCGUUGCAGUUCUUGACACAAACCAGUGCGCCUGGCACCUACUACGAUAUCCUGUUCAAUGGCACUUAAAACUUGUGUCUUGCCCAUUCACCCUCUGAAUGGCACACAUACACAUUUCUUGUCUCAGUUGUCUCAAGGGUUAACAAUCCUUCUUUAACCUGUCUCCUCCCCUUCAUCUACACCACAGGUGUCAAACUCAUUCCACGGGGGGGCGAGUGUCUGCGGGUUUUCGCUCCUCCCUUAUACUUGAUUGAUGAAUUAACAUCACUAAUUAGUUAGGAACUCCACACACCUGGUUGUCUAGGGCUUUAUUGAAAGGAAAAACCAAAAACCUGCAGACACUAGGCCCUCCGUGGAAUGAGUUUGACGCCCCUGAUCUACACUGAUUGAAGUGGAUUUCUAUGUCAUGGAAAGAGAAGGUGUCCUUAAUGUUUUGUACACUCUGUGUAUAUGCCAAUAUCAAAAUAAAUGCAAUACAUUUUUUAUAACAUUAAGAUAAGUAUUGAUACUGUAGUACAUACCCAGCUAGCACUUUUGGUUCCUUGGAAGUUGUGGGAACAUGUGUUUUUGGUUUCCCAUUGGUUCUGGGAACGAAGCCAUAUGUUUCCUGAUCGGUACAACUGAAUAUUUUUUUAAUGUUCUGAGAAUGGAAGUAAAAAUGUAUCCUGUUCAGGGAACAUUCAUUUUUAGGUUGAAGGGAGGUUCUGAGAACAUUUUACUAUGGUUCACUGAAAGUUUUCCUGGGAGGUUUUAUUAACGUUCUGAGAGCGAAAUUUUAGUUUAUUUGAAGGUAAUUAAAUAAUGCUCUGAGAACAUGUUUCAAUAACACUGUUAGCUUAAGCAGUUGUGAACUCCAAGCACAGGUAGAACACAUGGAAAUUCAUCUUCUUAGACAUUAACCAUAUAAACACAUUCAUUUCUUAUUGUGGCACGGUGUCAGUAGGAUUCAAACCUAUGAUCUUCUGUUCUCUAUCCAUGGAAUUAGUCCAUUGCGCCACAGGGAUGCCUUGUUUUUCUUUACUCAUACAAAGCAGUUCAAUUUAGUCUAUUCAAACAGACCCCCAUUUCAAAGGAAACAAGCACUCAUUAAGUUCAGGUGUGGCCAAUUAGUGGGCACAGCCAACACACCUGAACACACUUAACAAGAUAGAGGCUAGAGGGAGUUUUGUUGACGCUGAGAACAUAAUGUAUAUGUUGUUAAAUAACAUUCUUAGAACGUUCUUUGAACAUUACUAAUGUUUUCUUAAUGUUCUGAGAACAUGACUUUACAUAGAACCCUGAGAAAACCUGCAGAAAACGUUAUGCUGAAGUACUGAAAUUCCCACCCAAGAAACAUGGUUCUCAGAACAUGAUGUACCAGGGUAUCCCUUCACCAUUCCCAGAACCUUGUGGGAAGGUUGUAUGCAAUAUAACCACAGGACAACCAUGCUCUCACCAAGCUCUAAGAAACAUAUGUGUCAGGAUUUGGCCAGGAUUGUUCCGGUUUUGGUCACUAGAUGCCCCCAUUGUGCUUUUUUGACCCUUUUGUUUUCCCUUGUUUCCAGUUAUUAUUUGCACCUGUGCCUCGUUUCCCUUGAAUGUAUUUAAACCCUUAGUUUUCCUCAGUUCUUUGCUCUGUGUUUGAAUGUUAGCACCCAGCCCUAGUGAUGCUGUGAACAUUUUGUUGCGCCUGUUGGACUCUCUUGUGGUACUCUGUUUUUGUUCUCGUUUAUUUAUUUUUGAUUAUCUUUUGAGGCUUUUUCCUGCUGUACCUACCACCUUGUGGAUUUACCGUUUGACUUGGAGGAUUACCUUUUUCUCUUGGAAUUACUUUUGACGUUGUGGAUUUAUAUUUUGCCCUGAUGAACUUUCCUUUUUACUUUAUUAAAACACCGUCUCUAGUA